GCUCUCUCUCUCUCUAGAAAGUCAAGAAAAGGAGACAAGACAGCCAAACACGGCCUUCUCUCUCUACCUUUGUUCCGAGUAAAGUCCAUUUCAUCCAUGUGACCACUGUCUCUCCUCUACACGCCACCAAUCUCCACCACCACCAAUCUCCUCCGACGAGUCUCCAAUUCCCAAAUCUUCGUCUCCCCCUAGGGUUAGGGUUUUGCUUCGAACCUCAGAUCUUCCUGUUUUUCGGAUCCUUACUCCUUGCUUCUUGCUUGCUUGCUUCUUGGAAAGAAGCGCGUUGACGGAACCGAUGCCGGAAAUCGAUCUCGCGAGAGUCGAUCAAUGCGUCGCUCACGUGAAAUUCGAUGAUGGAGAUUCUUCUCCGCCUAAUGAAGCUCCUGGAUUCGAUUGCUGUGGUUCGAUUAAUGUGGAAGUGAAGCUAGAAGAAGAGUCGAUUUGCUUCAACAAGUUGAAACCUAGACGCGGCCGCCCACCGAGAACACUGUCGAAAGCUUCUCCAGUUUCUCCGCCCUCACAGAGGAAGAGGAGAGAAGACGAAGAUGUUUGCUUCGUUUGCUUCGAUGGAGGUAGUCUUGUCCUCUGCGAUCGUAGAGGAUGUCCAAAGGCGUAUCAUCCAGCUUGUGUUAAGCGUACUGAAGCUUUCUUCAGAUCAAGAUCAAAAUGGAAUUGCGGUUGGCACAUAUGUACUGCUUGUCAAAAGGAUUCUUUCUACAUGUGCUACACUUGUCCUUACUCUGUUUGUAAGAGAUGCGUUCGAAGCUCAGAGUAUGUACUUGUACGGGAGAACAAAGGCUUCUGUGGCAUCUGCAUGAAGACUAUUAUGCUUAUCGAGAAUGCAGCUGAAGCUAGCAAAGAAAAGGUUCAAGUUGACUUUGACGAUCAAGGAAGCUGGGAGUAUCUUUUUAAGAUUUACUGGGUUUCUCUUAAAGAAAAGUUGUCUUUAUCGUUAGAUGAUCUUACCAAAGCAAGAAAUCCAUGGAAGUCUUCUGCUUCUAAAAGAAGAACUAGUAGUCGGCUUCAUGAAAAGGAAGAUGGCAGUUCUCCUGGGGUCAUGAAAGCAACAAGUCGUGCUAAAGUGAGGAAAAUUGAAGCUGUUCCCGCAAGUAAGUUUGCUUCUGCUUUGGAUUCGAACAGUUGUUUGGGUGACAGACUUCCACAGUUGACUAGUGCUACUGCGUGGGCAACAAAUGAGCUCAUGGACUUUAUUGGGUACAUGAAAAACGGUGAUACUUGUGUCUUAUCAAAGUAUGAUGUCCAAACUCUCGUCCUUGAGUAUGUGAGAGGCAAUAAUCUACAAAACGCUCCUCUGAAUUCAGAAAUAGUGUGUGACGCUAGGCUUAAGAGAUUGUUCGGAAAAGAGCGAGUGGAGCACUUGGAAAUGUUAAAGCUUCUUGAUUCUCACUUCCUCGAUCAAGAAAGGUCUCCGGUUACAAAUACCUCAGCGGGAGGAGUGACUGAAACUAUGUCCUUCCAGGUCGACCCGAGCAGAAGCUGCGAUAGGUUGAAUGCACCUGAACAACAUCAAGGAGAGCCACAGCAGUUGAACGAGAACAAUGUUCAGGUUAGAUCUUCCAGCUCAGAUAGCAGAAACCAUGACGUUGUAAAGUCCGAAACAUGUGCUACGCUCCCCAAUAAACCAAUCGAUGACUUGGAAGUGAAUAUGGUAUGGUUAUAUGGAGAUCCAGAUGGAAAGAUUCAUGGACCGUUUUCUUUGUUGAACCUGCGACAAUGGAAUGCAAGCGGUUAUUUCCCGCCUGAGCUGAGAAUAUGGAGGUUUGGUGAACAGCAAAACAGCUCCAUACUUUUGACAGACGCACUAAAUGGUCAGUUCCAUAAAGGGUCGCUUCAGAAUCCUUCUAUAUCGAAGCAGGAAGAGACAGUCACUAUAGCUUACGAGCAAACCAAGAAUGUGGCUGUUACUAACCUAGAGAGUAGAGUGCUAGACUUUAGCCCCAACUCAGUUUCUACUGACCAGAGUGUUAUCACUAGCAGUAUUAGUAUCAUCACAAAGAGCUCAGAUGCCUGCAACGGAAGUGAAAACAAGUUUAACCACACUCAUCACAAGGGGGUGGGUUCUGUUUCUCUCUGGAAUAAAAGGAAAGUAGAAAGUUCUUUGCCCGGACAAAGCCCGAUAAGCUGUUCGCUUUCGCUGGCUACAUUUCCCGGAAACUCUCUGCCGAAACAGGAAAGAUGGAAUGUUGGUGAAACAGAGGCUGAUGGAAACGCAAUAAAGAACUCUUGCAGUCAAAACGAUGUUGGCCUUAGCGGCGAGGCUGAGAAGCAGGUCACGGCCACAGUUCAGUCAUGCGGACAAAACUGGAAUGCUGCUACUCCAAGCAGUGCUUCAAACGUGUGGGAUUCCAACUCCGGUGUGGUGUCUUUCACAGACAAUCAAGAAAUAGACUUCCUAGAUCUCUUUAGUCCAACCUUCAAAUUCAACUUCUCCUCUGAUAACAAUACCACGGAUUGGGAACCCAUUGUAGCUGGACCUGACGAAUGUGAUGAGUCAGUUUCAGAUCUUUUGGCGGAAGUUGAAGCCAUGGAGUCCCAAAAACGUCUUCCUUCUCCAACUUCAACAUUCCGUGGUCCUGGAGAAUUACUCCACCACUCCAUUAACGAUAGCUUCAGUCCCGUCGAAGGGCAUAGCCCAGCACUUGAUGUAAGCAAAGGUGACUCCAUGAGCUCCACAAAUGAUCUGCAAUUGCUUUCAAGAACUCACAACUAGCUGUGGGCACCGAUAAUGUAUCGGUCCUACUGGAGAGAAUCAUAACCAUGGCACACGUUAUACAUAAUACAUCAUCCAGUGUCCGGGAUAUUCUGAUCAAUGGUGGACUAUGCCCUCUUUUCUCCUUUUUUUGCAGGAUUAUUACAGAACAUAAAUAGUGGCGAAGCAGUAUCAUCAGAAAGAAAAGAGUGGUGCAUAUGAAGAAGAUAUGACCAAAUGUUUCUUCGUAGUAUUUUUGGCUGCAUCCACCAUUGUUUAGGUUUUGUACGUUGUCUUCACAGACGCAACUUGUGUAUUUUUACAUUGAUUGUGUACGUAGGGUAAGUAUAAAUAUGGAAGAACUGUUGUCAAUGGGAUCAUCGUAAUCAAAACAUUGUAGGGAUCAUAAUCUAUUCUAUAUAUAUGAUAGUGUAACGUCUCAUUCUUUUUCUUUUUAAUGUUGGACAUCUCUUCUUGUUCUUCGUUUGUUUGUCUCUGACAAGUGUAGGCUCCAGCUUCUUUGAUUCAA